CUGCAGAAAAAAUGCGCAUACAAAGAAGACUGGUCGUAUUUCUCGCAUUGUUGUGGAUAUUUAAUAUCGCUAUUUGCUCGAAAAAGUCGGGCAUCCGAAAGCCGGAGAGGUUGAGUCCACCACUAGAUAUUCAGCUGGAGACAGUGAACUGCACUGCGUUCAGUGUCCGGUGGAAAAUGCCCCAUAGACAUGUCAGUACUAUCACUGGCUACAAGGUAUUUUACAGAGAGUUAAGGUAUAAUCGUCCGGCCAGCACUGCAGUUGUCCUGGAAGUGCCAUUGAGUCUGGAAAUGCUCACAACUGGUCAGUUUGAUGGACAAGCAAACUUUGACGUGGUGAUAGGGAACCUUAAGGUAGCCAUGCAGUACCGUGUAAGUGUGGGGGCAUAUGGCUGGGCAGGGGAGGGCAGACCCAGUAUGCCCACGGACAUCAGCACUGCUUCUCACGAGGAGUGCAUGCCUCCUUCACCCCCUACCAAGCCUAAUGUGGUCGCCGUGUCAGACACAGAACUGGCGUUGUCAUGGCAACACGGAGAGAGUGAAGGAAGUGCACCUGUGCAAUAUUUCCUGGUGGCGUAUAUCAGGCCAGAGAUGGACACAGAAUGGACAUAUAUCAGAGAGCCAGUGGAUGCGUAUUCGAUGGUGCUCAAAGGUCUAAUGCCUGAUACGGAGUACCAGUUUAUCCUCAGAGCUGUAAAUGUGCACGGAAUCAGCCCUCCCAGUCCCAUUAACAACCCUGUGCGCACACUCGAUCCUGUGGAUAUGGGCAGUGGAGACUAUGAUGUCUACAUCUCAAACUCUAACACUGAAGAUGAGGAUGGGUUUGAAAUCGAUGACUCCGACUAUGACGUCUUCGUUGAGGAGAUGAAGUUGUUUCCUGGCGGCAAGAAAAGCGACAGACAGUCGCAGCUCCGGUCUCGCAUCGGGACUCCCGGUAACGGAAACGUUAUAUAUAAGAUGCGUACAUCUGCUUCCAAAAAUACCAGCUUCACUACAACAACAACACCAGAAGCGUGGACCACAUCAACAACACCUGUAACCACAACAACUGUCAAUAGCUCCACGUCCACUACAACGACCACGCCUAUAAUGCAGACAAGCCCCGCCCCUACAACUCCUGCAAUGCAGUCUCCCAAUCCUUCAGUGACGCCAUGGAAAGGGGAAAGACCACGGAUCUAUGAUGUGUCAUGUGAUGAGACCGUUUGCCCCGCCGACAGCUUCUGCAUCAACGAUUAUGAUACUGGUGGCUCUCGAUGCCACUGCAACCUCGGUCGCCAGGGAGACUUCUGCUCAGAAGGUCUGACGGUAAAAUUCCCAAAGUUCUACAGCUACUCUCACAUGACAUUUGAGCCCCUUAAGAACUCCUACCAGAGUUUUCAGAUCAGCCUGGAUUUUAAGGCAGAGGCGGAGGAUGGAUUGCUGUUAUACUGUGGAGAGAAUGAACAAGGUAGGGGAGAUUUCACCUCCGUGGCUCUCGUACGGAGAAAACUACACUACAGGUUCAACUGUGGUACAGGGGCGGCGCAGAUUGUGAGUGACCGCUCCAUUAUGAUCGGUCAGUGGCACACUGUCACUAUAUUUAGAGACGGCAUGAAUGGUUGGCUACGAAUAGACAAUGACACUCCGGUAUCAGGGCGUUCUCAGGGCCAGUACACUAAAAUAACAUUCCGCACUCCUUUGUUCUUGGGCGGAGCUCCGAAUACGUAUUGGUUGGUGAGGGCAGUGGGGCCCAAUCGUGGGUUUCAGGGGUGUGUCCAGAGUCUGACUGUCAACGGUAAAGCCAUUGACCUUCGACCCUGGCCUAAAGGAAAUGCAUUGAGUGGCGCAGACAUUGGCGAGUGCAGUAACAGUGUUUGUGAGAAGGUCACAUGUGCCAAUGGAGGAAUCUGCUUUGCCAAUCGUGCGGAUGGAUUCAUUUGCCUGUGUCCUCUGGGCUAUAAGGGUGUCCUCUGUGAGGAAAGUUUUUUGUUGUCUCUACCGCAGUUUAAUGAAAGCAUGUAUUCGUACGCCAGCACCCCCUGGCCUCAGCCCUCCCAUAUCUACCUCUCCUUCAUGGAGUUUGAGAUCACCUUCCAGCCAAACUAUCCCGACGGCAUGCUCCUCUACACAGAUGAUGCUGCCAGUCGCGACUUCCUGUCAAUCAGCCUGGUGGGCGGAUAUGUGGAGUUUCGCUUCGACUGUGGCUCGGGUGCCACAGUCAUCAGGAGUGAAGAAGCUGUCACUAUGGAUACGUGGCAUGAGUUGCGUGUGUCUCGUACAGCAAAAAAUGGCAUUCUUCAGGUAGACAACCAGAGACCUGUAGAAGGCAUGACAGAGGGUGCAUUUACACAGAUAAAUUGUAGUUCUCCUCUUUACAUCGGAGGAGUUCCUAAUUAUGAUAUUAUUAAGACCAGCUCUGGCAUCCUGAGACCCUUCAGUGGAACUAUACAGAAGAUCAUACUGAAUGACCGCAUUAUAGAGCUGAAUCCAGGUCAAGCGUUCGGGGUGAACGUAUUGAAUGCAGCUCACCCGUGUGUGCAGAACCCAUGUGCCAAUGGAGGAACAUGCAGACCGAAAUGGGACAGCUAUGACUGUGACUGCGCACUAGGGUAUGAUGGGAGACACUGUCAGAAAGAGUGUGGGAAUUAUUGCUUAAACACUGUCACUGAAUCUAUUGAGAUUCCUCAGUUCACUGGACGCAGCUAUCUGACUUAUGACAACAGAGAUAUUCUCAAAAGGUUAUCGGGGUCCAGGACAAACAUGUUUAUGCGUUUUAAGAGCACGUCCAAAGAUGGUCUUUUACUAUGGCGAGGGGAAAGUCCGAUGAGAGCCAAUAGUGACUACCUGUCUUUGGGCCUUCAAGGUGGAGUGCUUAUUUUCAGUUAUAAUCUUGGCAGUGGAGCUGCCAAUGUGGUAGUAAAUGGAACCUUUAAUGAUGGCAGGUGGCACAGAGUAAAAGCCGUGAGGGAUGGACAGUUCGGUAAACUCACCGUUGAUGAUUAUGGAGCUAAAACAGCCAGAUCUCCCGGGAAAAUGAGACAGUUAAACAUCAACAGAGACCUUUACAUUGGUGGGAUGAAGGAGAUCGCUUUGCACACAAACAGGCAGUACAUGCGUGGUUUAGUGGGAUGCAUUUCCCAUUUCACUCUUGCCACUGACUACCGUCUGUCUCUGGUGGAUGAUGCAGCUGACGGCAAAAAUAUCAACACCUGCACCAACUGAACACCUGCAAGAACUAAAACACCAGCUACAGAUGACAACAAAUUCACCUCAAAUUGACAACUGAGGCCAAAGGCCAAACAAAGGGAAAUCAAUCAUCAAUAAAUACAUGCACAAAAAAGCUACAACUAUUUUUAAAGACAUCAAUACUGGUUCCAGAACCACCUACAGUUAGAAAAAUAUAUAUACAUACUAACUACCACCUGCAAUAACAGUGAAACAGUCAUAGCUGAGCCCAUUUUUGUUUUAGCCUCCGCCUUGUCUGUAAAUCGCCCAAAUCAUUCGCUGAAACUAGCUCAGAAGGUUCAGAGAGGCUGGUUAAGCUUAGAGAAUCAUUUGCAUUACAGGUUACUGAGACUUAGAACUAACUUCAAGACAUGGUUGUUUGAUCCUAACGCAGGAGUUUAAUUUUUAAGCAUAGCGGUAGAUGAAAAACACACCGUGGCUCCAUAUCUACAUCCCUCUAUGGCUCUUACUGUAUGAAACGGCAACCAAAUGACUUAGAACAGUCAGGCUGGUCCUGUUACAUGCCUAUUUUGGAAGGCAGGGUUAAUGGGCAAUUGUAUUUGUGUUUGUUUAUUGUUUUUUAUAAACAUACAGUUUAAUUAAUCGAUUAAAA